AUGCGGAAACCAUAUGGAAUCGAAAUUAAUAGUUUCCGGAAACUGAAACCUACUGAAACUAAAACUUUAUUUUUAGGUGUCCCUAUAGAGGUCGCAGACAGGACCCUUAGGAUAUAUCAGGGAGGUGUCCCAAGCCGUAAACUACCCCCUACCCCAGGGAUCACAGUCAAGUCCUCACCCCCACCUAAACCAAAGAGAGAAGGGGAGAUAAUACUGGAAGGGGAAAAAGAAAAGGAAAAGACACCAGUGCUGUUCAUAGACCCUGAACUUCUGAUCAACAUCAAAUCAACAGAGAAGCUGGCAGACUUGGCCGCGAGCUUUCUGACCAAACAGAUCAACCAGUAUACAGACACCAAACUGUCGUCUGCAAUCACCGACCAAAUCUUCUCCUUCCUACAGGAGGUAGCGGGUUACCAGCGCGCUGUGAUAGUGGCGUACAUCACCGAGAUAUCUCAGAGUCUCGAGGAGAUGCCCGAGUCUGAGCGAGAUCGACCGCUUCACAAACCCUCCGUCAGACUGCUAGUGGAACUACUCAGACAAAUCAUGGACCCCCUGUCUCAUGUUGUGUUGAGCCUACAACUGUUGCGGACCUUCAGCCAUUUUUCUGAUAACCUGGUUGUCAUGGUGAACUGUCAGGCCGCGCCAGCAGUGUUGGGUUGUAUGGCCGUUUAUCUGGACGUCACGGAGAUCCAACAGUACGGGCUGGACAUACUGGCCAGAAUAGCCAGCUACCGACCAAAACUGGCCGAAAAAAUUCCCCUGAGAGAGACGGCCCUAGAGAUGAUCCUUCGAUCUAUUUAUGUAUGAUUUGACCUUUAUUUGACCUUGUAGAUUCCCCUGAGAGAGACGACCCUAGAGAUGAUCCUUCGAUCUAUUUAUGUAUGAUUUGCCCUUUAUUUGACCUUGUAGAUUCCCCUGAGAGAGACGGCCCUAGAGAUGAUCCUUCGUUUUAUUUAUGUAUGAUUUGACCUUUAUUUGACCUU